GGCAUCUAGAUAAAACCACCAAUAAUAACAACAAUGAUUAUAAAAAGAGGAAGAAAUGAUUGGAAGUUGACCAGGAAGCUUCAGCGGCUUUUAUUUUGAAAUUCUCCGGAGGAAGUCUUUCUCACUGUUUCCAUCUUGAUGUGGUCAGUGAUCCCUAAACUUCCCGUUAUUAUUCCCGCUUUGCUCCUGUUUUUUUGGGUCCAGCGGGCUGUUGGUGCCUUUGGAACCGCCCUGAGUGUCUGUCCGGCUGCAGAACCUGUCACUGUGGGCCGAGGGGCUGAUUAGGAGCAGCGAGGUCAGAUUCUGGUUCUGUAAUCUGCGGAUUUCAGGCUGAACAGACGGCGGAGGGAUUUUCUGCAAUUCCAGCCUUCCCGGAGUCAUCAACGGAAUUAAAUGAUGAAAUUGUGAUUGGGUUCGUGUCCGCAGCUUAUCCGACCGGACCGAAACCUAGUGGGCUGAUCAGAGCCGCGCCAGCCCGCUGAGGAUGUGCUUUUGUCCGUAUUAUUGAUCCAGGAUGAUGGACUCAGAGCUCCAACCGAAUUCUUAUUCUAAAGAAACAGGUUUUGCAGUUGCAGGUUUAAACUAGUUUUUAUGUGAACUGGGUUCAGAUCGGAUUUACACCAGAUAUUAAUAUCAAAUUAAACCUGUGAGACUCUGUUUUAUUUAAACACAGCUGCUCAAUUUCUCUGGAUAAUAAGUAAUAAAAUAUUAUUUUUAAUCAUGUGAAAAAUUAAACUCAGGCUAGAACCUGAAUACAUUUAAACUUUUUAUAUGAAUAAAAUAUGAUAAACAUUCAUUUUCCAACCAAAGAUAUAAUAAAUCUGUUCACAGCAGAGACAUUUUUAUUUCUAUAGAAUAAAUUAACUGUUUCAGCAGAUUUAGCUGAGCUUUUGUCUUCUGAAUAUGAAACAAUGCAAGACAUGGUGAAUGAAUACAGCCUUAUUCUUGAGAAUGAACUUGUUUCAAGUCUGAAGGAACCACACAUGAUCUGAUAGAACCACCCAUGAUCUGAAGGAACCACACAUGAUCUGAUAGAACCACCCAUGAUCUGAAGGAACCAUGUUUGUUAAUAGGAAGAUUUGAUGAAUGUCCGAGUUUGUGUUUUCUCCAAUUAGGAGAGUGGCAUUAUGGGAAGUGUAGUUGGCUGUUGCUCAGUUAAAAGAACUCCAAAGAGAGACUACAGCUCCCAGCAGUCAGACUGAACGUGCUCAGAACUUGUUGAAUGCUGCUGGAACCCAACAUGUCGGAUAAAACGGCACCGCGCUGCCAGCUCCGGUUGGAGUGGAUCCACGGUUACCGGGGCCACCAGUGCCGGAACAACCUGUACUACACAGCAGGGAAGGAGGUGGUUUACUUUGUAGCUGGGGUGGGUGUGGUCUACAACACCCGGGAACACACACAGAAGUUCUUCCUGGGCCACAAUGAUGACAUCAUCAGUCUGGCGAUCCACCCUGAUAAGAUCCAGGUGGCAACAGGUCAAGUGGGGAAAGACCCGUUCAUCUGUAUCUGGGACACCUACGCCAUGCAGACCGUCUCCAUCUUGAGGGACAUCCACACCCACGGAGUCGCCUGUCUUGCCUUUGACUCAGACGGUCAGCGAUUGGCCUCAGUCGGGCUGGACGCCAAGAACACGGUGUGUAUUUGGGACUGGAGGAGAGGGCGUGUCCUCGCCAUGGCAACCGGCCACUCGGACAGAAUCUUUGACAUCUGCUGGGAUCCACUCCAGACCAGCCGCCUGGUCACCUGUGGAGUCAAGCACAUUAAGUUCUGGACCCUGUGUGGAAACGCUCUGACUCCGAAGCGAGGCAUCUUUGGGAAGACAGGUGACCUGCAGACCAUUUUGUGUGUCUCUGCAGCCAAAGAUGAGCUGACGUACUCCGGAGCUCUGAACGGAGAUGUUUAUGUAUGGAAAGGAAUUACUUUGAUCCGGACUGUCCAGGCUGCACAUGGGGCAGGGAUCUUUAGCAUGCAUGCCUGUGAGGAAGGAUUUGCCACCGGAGGACGCGAUGGCUGCAUCAGACUGUGGGACGUGGACUUCAAAGCAAUCACCAAGAUUGAUCUGAGAGAGGCCGAGCAUGGCUACAAAGGACUGUCAAUCCGCAGUGUUUGUUGGAAAGCUGACCGGAUUCUGGCUGGGACCCAGGACAGUGAGAUUUUUGAGGUGAUGGUUCGUGACAGGGACAAGCCAGUUCUGCUGAUGCAGGGUCACAGUGAGGGCGAACUCUGGGCACUGGACCUGCACCCAAAACAGCCGGUCGCUGUCACCGGGAGUGACGACCGCUCAGUCAGGCUCUGGAGUCUAAUGGACCACACCCUACUGGCUCGUUGCAAUAUGGAGGAGUCUGUUAGAAGUGUUUCCUUCAACAACGAUGGCUCUCAGCUUGCUCUGGGUAUGAGGGACGGUUCAUUCACUGUACUGCGAGUCAGGGACAUGACUGAGGUUGUGCAUAUCAAGGACAGGAAGGAGGUCAUCCAUGAGCUGAAGUUCUCUCCGGAUAGUUCCUUCUUGGCGGUGGGCUCUAACGAUGGCUUGGUGGACAUCUACGCUGUUGCUCAGCGCUUCAAGAAGGUGGGCGAGUGCAGCCGUUCAACCUCCUUCAUCACCCACCUGGACUGGUCUGUCGACAGCCGCUUCUUGCAGACCAACGAUGGCACUGGAGAGCGGCUUUUCUACAGGAUGCCAGGUCAGGUCACGUAUAGUUCUGCAGGAAAACUCAUUCUUAAAGAAGAAGCAAAGGGGAUCCACUGGAUGACCUGGACUGGCAUCAUUGGGCCAGAGGUGAACGGAAUCUGGCCCAAAUACUCCAACGUGACCAACGUAAACUCAGUGCAUGCCAACUAUAGCAGUGCUGUGCUAGUGACCGGGGAUGAUCUGGGUCUCAUCAAGCUCUUUAGGUUCCCUUGCCUAAAGAAAGGGGCCAAAUUUAAGAAGUACACUGGUCACUCUGCUCAUGUGACCAACGUUCGCUGGUCCAAUGACCUCCAGUGGGUCAUCAGCACUGGGGGUGCCGACCACGCUGUUUUCCAGUGGAGGUUCCUUCCUGAAGGUGUCAUGAAUGGUGUUCUGGAGCCGCUUCUUCAAGAGGGGUACGCUGACUCCAACAGCGGCGAGUCGGACUCAGACGUGUCAGAUGUUGCAGAGCUCGACUCGGACAUUGAACAGGAAGCUCAAACAAACUAUGAACGGCAGGUGUAUAAGGAGGAUCUGCCACAGCUCAAGAAGAAGCUGAUUGGUUCCUUGAAGCGUCAGAAAGCUCCAGAGGAGGGGCUUCGUCUGCAAUUCGUUCAUGGGUACCGCGGCUUCGACUGUCGCAACAACCUGUUCUACACCCAGACGGGGGAGGUGGUGUUCCACGUGGCCGCCGUUGCCGUCAUCUACCACCGGCUGCAGCACAGUCAGCAGUUUUACCUCGGACAUGACGAUGACAUUCUCAGCCUUGCUGUUCACCCUCUGAAAGACUACGCUGCAUCUGCACAGGUUGGCAGGGACCCGGCCAUCCACGUCUGGGACAUCCAAAGUCUGAAGUGCCUGUCCCUGCUCAAAGGUCACCACAGCAAAGGAGUCUGUGCUUUGGACUUCACAGCGGACGGGAAGAGUUUAGUCUCUGUAGGAAUUGAUCAGUUUCACUCCAUCGUCAUCUGGGAUUGGAAGAAAGGAGAGAGGUUGGCUAAGGCCAGGGGUCACAAAGAUAAGAUCUUUGUGGUGAAGAGUAACCCCUUCAGGAUGGACAAACUGGUGACUGUGGGGAUCAAGCACAUCAAGUUCUGGCAGCAUUCAGGAGGAGGUCUGACGUUUAAACGAGGAAUAUUUGGGAACCUUGGGAAGCAGGAAACGAUGAUGUCAGCAUGUUAUGGCCGAUCUGAGGACAUGGUGUUCUCUGGAGCCACCAACGGAGAUGUUUAUAUCUGGAAAGACACCACCCUCAUGAAGACCAUCAAAGCACACGACGGCCCUGUCUUCGCCAUGUGCUCCCUGGACAAGGGUUUUGUGACCGGGGGAAAGGAUGGCAUCGUGGAGCUGUGGGAUGACAUGUUUGAGCGAUGUUUGAAGACAUAUGCCAUCAAGAGGACUGCUCUUUCACCGUCCUCCAAAGGUCUCCUGCUGGAGGACAACCCAUCUAUCAGAGCCAUCACUCUGGGUCACGGUCACAUCCUGCUUGGAACAAAAAACGGGGAAAUCCUGGAGAUCGACAAGAGCGGGCCGAUGACGCUGCUGGUUCAGGGUCACAUGGAGGGGGAGGUGUGGGGGUUGGCGGCUCAUCCUUUACUUCCUGUCUGCGCCACCGUCAGUGAUGAUAAAACUCUGAGGAUCUGGGAGCUGUCAGCCAACCACAGGAUGGUUGCUGUCCGUAAACUGAAGAAAGGUGGGCGGUGCUGCACUUUCUCUCCGGAUGGUAAAGCUCUGGCGGUUGGUCUGAAUGACGGCAGCUUCAUGGUGGUGAAUGCGGACACGCUGGAGGACAUGGUGACCUUCCACCACCGCAGGGAGCUCAUUUCAGAUAUCCGUUUCUCCUUAGAUGCUGGAAAGUAUCUGGCUGUGGCGUCCCAUGAUUCCUUUGUGGACAUUUACAACAUCCUGACCAGUAAGAGAGUUGGAAUCUGUAAAGGAGCUGGGAGCUACAUCACUCAUAUCGACUGGGACUCCAGAGGUAAACUUCUGCAGGUGAACACCGGAGCAAAAGAUCAGCUUUUCUUUGAGGCUCCACGAGGACGCAAACAGAACAUUAGUGUGUCAGAGUUUGAGAAGUUGGACUGGGCCACCUGGACUUCUGUUCUGGGUCCCACUUGUGACGGAAUAUGGCCGUCAUUCAGCUUUGUGAAUGCCGCUUCCCUCACUAGAGAUCACAAACUUCUCGCCACAGGAGAUGACUUCGGCUUCGUCAAACUGUUCAGCUUCCCAUCCCGGGGUCAGUUUGCUAAGUUUAAGAAGUACGUGGGUCACAGCACCAACGUGACAAACGUGCGCUGGUCCAACGACGACACCGUCCUUCUGUCUGUGGGCGGAGCUGACACGGCGCUAAUGAUCUGGACCAGAGAGCCGCCAGGUCACAAGGAGAGCAAAGCUGUGGACAGCGAGGAGUCUGAUGAUGACCCUGAGGAGGAUGGAGGGUACGACAGUGAUGUGGCUCGGGAGAAGGUGGUCGACUAUGUCACCAAGAUCUACACAGUUAGCAUCAGGAACAUGUCAGGAACCAAACCACACCUGCAGCACAGAGAGAUUCCUUUGGAGGAGAGGCCUCCUGUGAGCCGGGCCGUGCCCCUGCCCGAUAAACUGCUGAAGGACAAUGUGAUCAAGAAAAAGAAAGUGGUGGAGGAGCUUCUGCUGGAACAUGUCUUCGGCUACAGAGGCUUCGACUGCCGCAACAACCUGCACUACCUCAACGACGGAGCGGACAUCAUCUUCCAUACCGCCGCAGCCGUGGUCAUCCAGAACCUGUCCGCCGGAACUCAGAGUUUCUACCUGGAACACACUGAUGACAUUCUCUGUCUGACGGUCAACCAGCACCCAAAGUACCAAAACAUCAUCGCCACUGGACAGAUCGGUGACGCCUCUGACCUGCCAGAGACCGAAGUGUCCGGCCUUGCUCCAUCCAUCCAUGUGUGGGAUGCAAUGACCAAGCAGACUCUUUCCAUCCUGCGAUGUUCCCAUUCUAAAGGCGUUGGUUACAUCCACUUUAGUGCAACAGGGAAGCUGCUGCUGUCGGUGGGUGUGGAACCUGAGCAUACCAUCACAGUGUGGAGAUGGCAAGAAGGCACUAAAGUGACCAGUAAAGGUGGCCAUGCUGAGCGAAUCUUUGUGGUGGAGUUUAGACCGGACUCUGACACCCAGUUUGUAUCGGUGGGAAUCAAACACAUCAAGUUCUGGACACUGGUUGGUGGUUCCCUCGUGUAUAAGAAAGGUGUAAUUGGCUCAGUGGAAGAUGGCCGCAUGCAGACCAUGCUGUCUGUCGCCUUUGGUGCUAACAACUUGACUUUCACUGGUGCAAUAAAUGGAGAUGUGUACGUCUGGAGGGAACACUUCCUAGUUCGGGUAGUGGCGAAAGCGCACAGCGGUCCCGUCUUCACCAUGUACACCACAUUGAGGGAUGGACUCAUCGUUACUGGAGGGAAGGAAAGGCCGACUAAAGAGGGGGGAGCUGUGAAGCUUUGGGACCAGGAGAUGAAGCGCUGCAGAGCGUUUCAGCUGGAGACCGGUCAGCCAGUAGAGAACGUCCGAUCCGUCUGCAGAGGGAAGGGUAAACUUCUGGUGGGAACCAAAGAUGGGGAGAUCAUAGAGGUUGGAGAAAAGAAUGCUGCUUCCAACACCAUGAUCAAUGGUCACACUAAGGGAGGAAUCUGGGGUUUAGCAACGCACCCUUUCAAAGAUGUCUUCAUCUCUGCCAGUGAUGAUGGGACCAUCCGCAUAUGGGACCUGGCUGACAAGAAACUCCUGAACAAGGUGAGUUUGGGUCAUCCUGCCAAGUGUACAUCCUACAGCCCCAAUGGGGAGAUGGUUUCCAUUGGCAUGGAGAACGGCGAGUUCAUUGUGCUGCUGGUGAACUCACUCACCGUCUGGGGCAAAAAGAGAGACCGCAGUGGCUCCAUCCAGGAUAUUCGGUUCAGUCCAGACAACCGGUACCUGGCGGUGGGCUCUGUAGAAAGUGCUAUAGAUUUCUAUGACCUUACUCUCGGCCCGUCGCUGAAUCGAAUUGGGUACUGUAAGGACAUCCCUGGCUUCGUCAUCCACACCGACUUUUCUGCUGACAGCAAACACAUCCAGGUGUCCACCAGCACCUACACUCGUCAGGUCCAUGAAGUCCCCUCAGGGAAAAUGGUCACAGAGCUGCCCACCAUUGAAAGGAUCACCUGGGCAACCUGGACCAGCAUCUUUGGUGAUGAAGUUCUCGGCAUUUGGCCUCGGAACGCCGACAAGGCUGACGUUACCUGUGCUUGUGUUUCCCACGCCGGCCUUAACCUGGUGACUGGAGACGACUUUGGCCUAAUCAAACUCUUUGAUUUCCCCUGCCCUGAAAAAUUUGCAAAGCACAAGCGUUACUUCGGUCACUCGGCUCAUGUCACCAACAUCCGUUUCUCCUGUGAUGAUAAAUACGUCAUCAGCGCCGGAGGUAGCGACUGCAGCCUGUUUGUGUGGAAAUGCCAGUGAUGUUUCUGGAAGAAUCCUCCUCCUCCUCUGCUGUUGUGCAUCGUUCCUGCAAGGACCAGAAGUCUGACAUCAAGCUGCAGACCUGGGAGCAGUUUCCUGCUGCAGACGGAGGGUCGAAAGGUCAUGCCUAGCAGGACUCGUCUUGCACAUUCAGAUGCACCCGAUGAAAAUGAGGACAUUGUUGUGUAGUUUGUAGAUUUUGGAGGAUCUCCAACAGCAUGUAGCUGUGUGAUGUGGUGUGUUUUUGUGUCAGUUGUGCCUUUUUAAAAAUCUCUGACCAAACAUUUGAUAUAGUUUUAUUUUACUUGUGGUGCUAUAAUCUUUUAGGGCUUUUAAACAUGUUGAUGCUGUUGUUGUGUUUGUGUCAUGUAAUGAUGAUGAUGAUGAUGAUGAUGAUGAUGAUGAUGAUGAUGAUGAUGAUGCAGUUCACUGCACUGAAGUCAAAAAGAGGAAGAUGGAUCCAGUUCCCAGUUGUUAAAAAGUACACGAGUCCAUCUGUAGAAACCAGUUUCAAAGAUUUCUACCUCUGAACACUGAAAAAAUAUUAUCUGGGCAGAAAAAUAGAUGUUAAAAUACUUCUCUGUUUGUGUAGAUGACGUUUUCAGCCACAUGGUGGCGCUGUUUUCGCUAAAACAAAAUGCUGCCUGAUGACGUAAAGGAAAAUAAUGACAUGAUUUAGAGCGAAUCUGUUUAAAACUGAAGAACCAAACGUCUGAUCCAACUCCGCCUCAUGUAGCACUGCUGAGGUCCAGCUCUGUGAACGGGUCAGACCUGGUACCUCUUUAAAAUAGCUGCAGAAAAUAAACCAGGAAGACGGAGUUUUAGCUAAGCUGUUUAAAAUUGAAACUUAAACCUGGAAACAGUCUAAAGGACAAAGAAGUUGAUGUUUAUGUGGUCAGUUUUAGUUUAGGUUUGUUGUUCAUUAUAAUUUACCUUCAUGCUUCCUGAAUGAUCCCAGAAGGUGUGAAGGAACCAUUUCCGGGUCAGAGGACUCAGGUUGGAAACUUUUAACUAAUGAAGAGUUAGAGAAGAACAAAUAAAACCCAGUAUCAUCCUC